AUGUCAACGGAGACUACGGGGAAUAAUUCGUCAUCGCUUCCGGCGUCAUCAUCGUCUCGCCAUCUUUCCUCCGACGCCAUCGAUCCGGCGCCGUUGCUUUUGAGCGGCGACGAAAAUGAAGGAAUCAACAACGGAGGAGGCUCCGGUCAAGCAAUCGGCGGGGAACGGAGAUCCGUGAGGAGGCAGGGGCUUAGGGAAGCGGCGAGGUUUCUAAGCCGUGCGAGUAGUGGGCGGGUGAUGCGGGAGCCGUCGAUGGUUGUGAGGGAGGCUGCGGCGGAGCAGCUGGAGGAGAGGCAGAGCGAUUGGGCGUAUUCGAAGCCUGUGGUGGUGCUCGACAUCGUUUGGAAUUUGGCUUUCGUCUCCGUCGCUACGGCUGUUCUGGUGAUGAGCCGGAAUGAACAUCCGAUCAUGCCGCUCAGAGUUUGGCUCUGUGGGUAUGCGUUGCAAUGCGUGCUGCAUAUGGUUUGUGUGUGCGUUGAGUAUCGGAGGAGGAACAGGAUGAGAACGAGUAGGACUCCACCACGGUCACGUUCUUCUUCGUCCUCUUCGUCUUCUUCCUCCAUGGAGGAAGAUGCUUUGGGCUCGAGGAGGAAUUCAGAUGAGCAGGACUUGUCGAUUGGGCAGCUGGAGAGCGAAACCAGCAGUGUUGCAAAGCAUCUGGAAUCUGCCAACACAAUGUUUUCGUUUAUAUGGUGGAUCAUUGGAUUCUACUGGGUAUCUGCUGGUGGAGAACAGUUGGCACGAGAAUCCCCUCGGAUUUACUGGUUGUCUAUCGUCUUUCUUGGAUUCGAUGUGUUCUUUGUUGUCUUCUGUGUUGCGUUGGCCUGUGUUAUCGGCAUUGCUGUUUGCUGUUGCCUUCCAUGCAUCAUUGCAGUUUUAUACGCUGUUGCAGAUCAGGAAGGGGCUUCGAAAGAAGACAUUGAGCAGCUCACGAAAUUCAAGUUUCGAAAAGUUGGUGAUGUCAACAAACACGCUGGUGAUGAAGCACAAGGAAACACCGAGGGAAUAAUGACAGAGUGUGGUACAGAUUCACCCGUUGAACACACUCUUUUGCAGGAGGAUGCAGAAUGUUGCAUCUGUCUUUCUGCAUAUGAAGACGGGACAGAGCUAAGGGAACUUCCCUGUGGCCACCAUUUCCACUGCUCAUGCGUAGACAAAUGGCUAUACAUAAACGCCACUUGUCCACUCUGCAAAUACAACAUCCUCAAGAGUAGUAACUUGGAUCGAGAGGAAGUCUAG